CUGCCCACCCCACGACCCAACCUCCCAGCUCACCGCCCAAAAGUUGCUGGGCAAUUUUCCGGCAGAAAAAUAAUUAUUAUCUAGGUAGAUUUCCCACCCAUCCACAACACCACCAUCCACGCAACCGAUCACACGGCGACAGCACACUCGCCCAACGAAAAAUCGACAAAAAAGAAAGAUGCCAGGCCGCCAAUCCCACGGCCGCCCCGUCCUCCCCACCUCCGGGGGAGGCGGCAAACCGGGAAAAUCGCACGCGAAGACAUUCAAAAAGUCCCGUGCGAAAGCCACCGCCAAAGCGCUCGACGCAUUUGCCACCGCAGCCGAACAGUUCCCCGAGUCGACGCGCGGCGUGCGCACCCGCGGACUCGAAGACAAGCCGAACCCCCAGAAACGGCAGCGGCGCGGGGAGGACGAGGAGGACUCUGACGAUCUGGAUGAAGACGAGGACGCCGGGCCGAAGAAGCGGGCGAGGAGGGAUGAAGAUGGCGGUGGAGACGAGGAUGGGUUUGAUGGCUUUUCGGACGGUGGCGAGGGCAGUGAUAGUGAGGAGUGGCAUGUGGGUGUAGCGGCGGAGGAUGAUGAUUCCGAGCUUGAUUCGGACGAGGCGUUCGGAGAGAGUGAUGAGGAGCGGUUUGAUGGGUAUGCUUUUGGAGGGAGUACGUCCAAGGGGAAGAAGCCGAAGAAAAAGAAGAGGGCGGGAGAGGAGGAUGAGGAGGAAGAGGGGGAAGAUGACGAUCUGGAGUCGCUGGGCUCGGAUGCAAUUGAUCUUGCGACUGCGUUGGAUCAGUUCUCUGAGGAUGAGGAGGAAGAAGAGGGGGAGGAGUCGGGGUCCGAAGAGGACGAGGAGUCUACUGACGGGGAUGAUGAGAGCGAGGAGGAUGAUGAAGCUGACCCCUCAAAAUUGGACGCGCUCGAAAGCAUGAUUGCCGGGUUCGCUGGCGAGGAUGAGGAAGACGAGGAGCCGGGGACACAAAACAAGGCUAAGCUCAGUCUGAAGGAUCUUGGCCUUGCAGGUGUCAAGGACCCGCGCAUGAAGCGGUCGCUCAGACUCAUGAACAAGGAAGAAAAAGCCGUCAAGCCUGGCUCGUCCAAGAAACUGGAAGUUCCCCUCGCCCAGCGCCAGCAGGACCGCCUCCUUCGCAGCGCUGCCUACGAAAAGACCAACGAGACCCUCGACAAGUGGAUCGACACUGUCAAGCACAACCGGCGCGCUGAUCACUUAGUCUUCCCUCUCGCUCAAAACGCCCACGACCGCGGACUCGAUAGCGGAGAGCUCAUGCCCAUCACCCAAAAGACAUCCGGGACGGAGCUGGAGCAGACGAUCCUGUCCAUCAUGGAGGAGAGCGGGCUUGGGCCGAGCACUAAAGCGGAGAAGAAGGAAGAUGGUGACGGACAGCCUGGGUUGUCGCAAGCGGAACAGCAAGAAAUCGCCCGGCAGCGGCGGCGCGAACGGGAGAUGCACUCGCGCGAGAUGGCCCGGGCAAAACGCAUCAAGAAAAUCAAGAGUAAGGCUUACCGCCGCAUCCAUCGCAAGGAGCUUCACCGCGAGGAGGAGGCAGAACGCGAAGAGGCGCUUGCGGCGGGCGAGCUCGAUUCGGACGACGAGCGUGAGGACCUGGACCGGAGACGUGCCAUGGAACGCAUGGGCACCCGCCAUAGGGAGAGCAAGUGGGCCAAGCUGGGCAAGAAGGCCGGGCGCGCAGUGUGGGAUGACAGCUUCCGGGCUGGCCUUACAGACAUGGCUCGGAGGAAGGAAGAACUGCGCCGCCGCAUUGAAGGUCAGGCUGGCGGCUCGGACGACGAAGAUGAGGGCUCUGAUGUCUCGGAUGCCUCUGAAGGGGGCGACCCCCGGCGCCGUCUCCUGAUGGACCUCGAGCGCGCGGCUGCCUACGAGGAUGAUGAAGAACCCAAGUCGAAGCUUUUCCAGAUGAAGUUCAUGCAAAGGGGCGAGGAGAUGCGCAAGAAAUUGAACGACGAGGCCGUGGCUGAGCUCCGUCGUGAGCUCGAUUCGGAUGACGGGGGUUCGGACGAGGAAGAAAUGGAUAUCGGUCGCCGGCAGUUUGGCAUGGGCAAUGACACGGCCGCUCCAAGAACAAGCCAAGCUAAGAAAGCGAAAGCCGCCGACGCUCGUGGAUCAGCCAAGCCGACAGCAGCCGCGGAGGCGACGCCGCAGCUAGACACCCAGCAGCGGUCUCCAGCGCCAAUGGUUGUUGAUGAUGCGUGGGCUGGAGCCGAACCCGAACCCGAACCCGCGCCAGUGGAGUCCACCACCAUUGUUGAGUGGUCUCAGGCUGGAUCUUCUGGUCGCAAGAGCAAGAAGGGAAGCAAGACCAAGGCCGUGAACAUCGACAUUUCCAUCGCCGCAGCAGAGGCGACCAAGGCCAAGCCGAGACCAAAACCUCAGGGCACUGCGAGCGGUCCGGCCGACGGCGUUCAAGACUCGGACGAUGACGAUGCCCUUCACCUGCCACUCGCCAUCCGCGACCAACAGAUGCUGGAGCGAGCCUUUGCCGGCGAGGACGUCCACGGCCAGUUUGAAGAAGAGAAGGCCGAGGUGGAGCACGAGGACGACGAGAAGGAGAUUGAUAACACUCUUCCCGGCUGGGGUAACUGGGUGGGCGACGGCGUGAGCAACCGGGACAAAAAGAGGCACCAAGGCCGAUUCAUCACCAAGGUUGAAGGUGUCAAGAAGAAGGACCGAAAGGACUUUAAGAUGAAGGACGUGAUUAUUAGCGAAAAGCGGAUCCGAAAGAACGAUAAAUACCUCGCCUCGCAGCUGCCUCAUCCGUUCGAGUCGCAGCAUCAGUAUGAGCGGUCCCUGCGGUUGCCCGUCGGCCCUGAAUGGUCGACCAAGGAGACGUUCCAGGACUCCACAAAGCCGCGGGUUAUCAUCAAGCAGGGUAUCAUUGCGCCCAUGUCCAAGCCCAUGUAUUAGGGGAAUGGUGGAUAAACGGGUGCGGUGUUUGAUGGUGUUGCAUAGAGCAGGCACACAAAAAGGGGCCUGCUGGACAUGUAUGCAUGAUAGAGGUGUCCUCGACUUCGAUAGAAAACCUACUCGAUGUAUAGAUCAAAACAUUGUUGGCAGUUGGG